AUGGACAGAUCUCCACCUGUGAACAUCAGGAGCCCAAAACCGACCGCACAACCCUGCAUGGGUGCAAACACUAAACGCAUAGCAUCUUUAGAGAGAGAUAUUCGGUUCCUUCAACAACAACAUAAAGACACACUGGAGAGACUGCAUGCAGAAAUUGAAGAUCUGAAGCGUAUUAAUAAAGAAUUACAAUAUCAGUUGGUUAUGAAGCAUCAGUAUUCUCCUAAAGAUACGAUACGGUCCAACAGUAGCACAUCGAAAUGCAGCAACAAUGGUUCAACAGAAAAGAAUAGUCAGUGCAGAUCCAUCAGCUCUGAAGAGGAGACCACAGGGCCUCCCGGAGGUAACGUCACAUCUCUUCUCCCUCUGAGGAUCACUUGCAGUCCGUCUCAGCAUCCCCGCACCCCGACCUUAAGGGAGUGUGAGGUCAUCAUCCAUCAGCUCCAUCACGCCAACACCUCACACUAUCAGGAGCUUGUACGGGUUAAGGAUAUCCUCAGAGACAUCGUGUUAAACAAAAAGAAAUCAUCCACUGAAGCCGUCUCUCUCGCAAAGGCCUGUCUCUGUGAUAAUGCCAGGGCAGAGACCUCUCAACAUUUUCCGAAAUUACCUCUCGGACCACUGCCAAAAAAACAACACAUGAGCAACCGAAGUGAAACCGUGGAGAAACUUCUGCCAGCCAUCAAACGUGACUUCAGCAGCACAAUGUCAGAGCGUCAGAGAAAGGCGCAAGACAUGCACAAAAUGCGUCUUAGAGGAACUGUGAACUCCUAACUUUGACAUUUUGUUAAAAAAAAGAAUAAUAAAAUACAACUAAAUGUGAUAUUUUCAGUUUUGCAGUACAGUUUGUCAUACAAUGAUCCGAUGGUCUUGGAAUUGCAAUUAAUGAGAUGAUUAU